AUGCCUCAAAAUAGCGACAGGACUUUUACAGAAUUCCAUAACGUACAGUAUCAGAACAGUAAAAUGAUCUGGAUUAAAGGGGGUGGGGGAAACACGCGGACUGGAGCAAGACCGAGAGGUGACAACUUUGAAACUGUUACUUUCGAUGGGUACUUUAUGCUAGAGCCGGAACGGUUUAAACCAUUCUGGUUGACAUGGAGUGAAGUGUCACUAGACGUUGUAUUCGGAGUCGGAAAUCAUAUCGGUAGUGGACAGACAAUCCGAUUCAAUAGGGAUCCAACAUUUACAUUGAAAUAUCUAGCUCUUUAUGACGGAUUUGUUCCGGUAUCCUAUAUACUGGAGCUGCAGUGUAGCAAUGAAAACAUACCCUAA